UAAAAACAUUAAACAAUCGUUAAAAGUGUUUUAUUUAUUUUUUCGUCUAAUAAUAUUGUGAAGACUGAAGAGGUUAUCAUGGGUAUCACAUCUAGCACACAAAUGAUAAAUCAACAAGUGUUUUAUGAUAAAAUUAAUGACUUAAAUGAUGACUGUCUUGCUGAAAUUUUUAUGAAACUAUCAUUGGAAGAACGAUUAAUCAUUGAAUCAGUAUGUCAAAGAUGGAAAAAUAUCAGUCAAAUAUCAUGGUAUAAUGUAGAAAAAAUGAAUUUACAAAAUCUUGGACUUGAUAAAAAUUAUAUAUCACAAGAUGAUGAUACAAUGUUACGUUAUUUUUUUAAAUCAAUUCAUCUAUUUGAACAUUUUGAUAAUGCAUUUUCAAAUAUGAAAAAUCUUGAAUCAUUGUCAAUUGUUAUUGAGCCAAAUAAUCAAAGUAUACCAUUAACAUUAAUUGAUGCACUUAAUGGAGUUGUUGAUAAAUUGAAAAAGCUAAAAUUUAAAAAUUAUUUAUAUUGUACUAAACCUUGUGGAUCAGAAGAAAUGACUAUUCCUAAUCAACUAGCAUCAAUUAUUAAACAAUCAAAGUCACUUAAUUGUUUGAGCUUAGUUGGUUACGAAUUGAGUGAUGCAAUAAUUGCUGAAAUAUCAAAUAAAAAAAGUUUGACUAAUCUUGUUAUACAUAAAAGACUCAAGUGUAAUAAUGAUAAAAGUAUUUAUCCAAUUUCACGUAUGAAAAAUUUAGAAAUAUUGAGUAUAAGUGGUGCUAAUGAUACAUUUAUAAUUAACUUAUCAAUAAAUUCUAAAAAUUUGAAACAUUUACAUCUAGAUAAUUGUUUUUGA